AUGGAGCAUAAAGAACCAGGGACGGGAGACCUCAGUGUCGACUAUCAGUUGUCAGUAGAGCCUGUGCCAAGACCGUCGUCCGUCCUGGACUACAUAGGCCAAAACCAGCACCCUGAAACCUCGUCAGUGAAUUUGGAAGCAUCCUCCUCGGAUCUCAUCGUGCAAGACGAGAAGGCAAAGGAUAUUAGUGCAUGGAAAUACAGUCGUUUCUCUAUAUUUCAAAAGAAUCUGGCAACAUUCAUUGUCUCAAUGGGUUCUUUUCUCGUUCCUCUUGGCGGGAGUGUGUAUCUCCCAACACUAGCCCUGAUAGAACAAGAUCUCUCAGCCUCGGCCACGCAAGUUAAUAAUACGAUUUUCGUUUACAUGGCUUUUAUCGGCGUCAUCCCACUGUUUACAUCUCCUGCUAGUGACAUUUAUGGCCGACGUGGCAUAUACAUUGUGUCAAUGAUUAUCUUUAUAUCUGCAACUAUCGGAUCAUACUUUGUUCCUUCCAUAUCUGUCCUAUUCUUUCUGAGGGCGCUGCAGGCUAUGGGAAGCAGUGUCUUGCCCAUUGGAAGCGGCACGAUUUCUGACUUGUUUGAUAACUUGCAAAUAACAGCUAUACAUGAACGAGGCCGUGCUAUUGGUUGGGCUUCGCUCGGUACACUGUUGGGUCCUUCAAUUGGACCACUACUUGGAUCUAUAAUCACACAAUUCUCCUCAUGGAGAAACACCUUCCUCCUACUUACCGCUGUAGGAAGUGCUCUAUUAAUCGGAUUCCUCUUCCUGCUACCCGAAACGCUAGUCCCAUACGGCUAUAACCCAGACACAAUGCCAAAGAUUACCACCAUGGCAUUAAUACGGGGCAUACCAGGAGUUCCUAAACGCUCAUAUAACCCAGUUGGAUCACUCGCCUUCCUUCGAUAUCCAUCCAUUUACAUUACACUAUUUGCACGAUGCGUGACGUUUUUGGGUCUAGUAACGAUGACUACCACGUUAUCACGAGAUUUCAUACGGUUGUAUGGAUUCAGUGCUUGUUACAUGGCCAGUGGUGGAGGCCAGCUUCUUGGUUCUCUGUUAGGAGGCUACAAUGUAGACCGUCUAUUAGAAAAGGCUCGCAAGAAGGCAGGAGAACAUACGAAACCUGUGCCUGAAUCUAGAUUACUCAGUGCGCUACAAUUUGGAUGGUUGGCAACGCUGGGUAUGCUAAUGUACGGCUGGGGUAUCCAGUAUGCAGCACAUCCAGUGAUUCCCCUGCUUGGAGGAUUCUUUUUGGGUGUUGCAAUGUCGUUUGUAUUCGGAGGUGUGACCACUUAUGUGGUUGACAUUUUCCCCUUCGCUCCAGCCUCAGUCUUGGCUCCUACAAUGGCCAUACAAUUCAUAAUAAGUGGUAGUGGAUCGGCAUUCGUACAACCAGCUGUAGACUCCAUGGGCUAUGGAUGGCUCUACACACUGCUUGCGUUCUUAGCCCUAGUGGGGCAAGCUUCGCUGACAUGGUUAUACCUAUACGGGGAGAAGAUCGCAUCGCCUGCACUGGCCGCGUUAGGAAUGUUUGAGCCUAGUAAGGGAGCAUACGUUCAAGUUUGGGUUGAUACCAGUCAAGAUCUAUAUCACAACGACUCGUGUGUCGCAACAAACCAAAGAUUGGGCAAGAACAUCUCAGUCUUCCAAUUCGCACAAAACAUUCCAAAAAUCCUCCCAGAUGGAAACAAUACCGAGAUACCAUACCGCUUCAUCGAGGCAACCAACACUGACGCGAUACUAUUUAUAACAAUUUACCCAUUCCUGGUGUCCAUGGAUCAAAUAACGGAAGCUGAUGUACAGAGUCUCGCAUUCCAGAUGGGGUACUAUAAUGCAAUAGGGAGACGAGUGAUGCUGAGGUUAGCGCCAGAAAUGAAUGGCGGAUGGUAUUCAUGGGGACAAAAACCAUCAACAUAUAUCCCAUUCUGGAGACGAAUUUACACCGCCGUAAAAGCCAAAGCUCCCAACGUUGCUUUUGUGUGGAGUCCAAAUGUCAAGGACGGGGAAUUCGCGCAGACCGCUGCUGCAAACAGUACCGAUUUCAAGCUACAAGAUACGAACAACGAUGGAGCAGUUACCAUGGCUGAUGAUCCAUACACACCAUUCUAUCCUGGUGAUCAAUAUGUGGAUUGGGUGGGACUCUCACUCUACUUUUACGGAACGUCGGCACCUUUCGUACACAAUGUGGUCGCACCUUCCGGAUGGUUUGACGGAAGUUUCGAUUCAUUUGGCGCUUUCGAUUUCUACGACACGUUCUGCGUCAAAAGGGAUAAACCUUUCUCGUGUUCAGAAUGCAGUGGGACAUUCUACGCUGACGGGCCGCUACCGUCGCCAUAUGUUGCUGUACCACCUGGUGAUGGGGAGGUUGCCAUCAAACGAUCAUGGUGGAGCCAAACCAUAUUAUCUGCCGCUGCUGCGUCUAAAUACCCAAGAAUCAAGUUAUGGGGAUUGUUUGAAUGGAGAAAGUUUGAGGAUCAGACAUAUCGAGACUUCCAAAUCCUAAACGGUAGCAAUCCCACCCUGGCGGCAUUCAAAGCUGAUUUAGCAUCUACCAGUGUGUCCUUGAUUUGGGCCAACUAUACCGCACCAACAACCACACCGGUUGCUAAUCCGGGGGUUCACCUCGCUACUCUGUAUAGUGAUAGAGCAUUCUUUGGUGCUGCUUCAAAACGAGCUUCUGUUCCUAUAGGCUGGCUCAUAACACUAAUACUCGCUGCUGCCAUUAUUAUGUAA